AUGCUGACUAUACCGACUCUCCGUCUGUCUCCUGGAUCAGUAACGUGCUCCCUUAUGGCCUGCCGUACCCGAGGAGCACUCAUUCUUGGUGCCCCUCACCGAGCGCUUCUUACUCCUCCGCCUCCGCCCCCCAUCUCGUCGCAGUCUAGCCAACACUCCACCCAACAUCAGAACUCUGCAUCACAUGUUUCCUACACCUUCCGGUCACCGACAGGCUCUGAAGCUACAUUGAAACAGUCUCUGUCCGCGCUCUCUUUGAGGCUCAGACAACACCAUCACUUCAAGGUUGGUUGGCCGACUGCGCACACAGAGUACACUGGACACCAGACGGAGCGACUACACGCAUACCUUACAAAUACCCUUGUUAUGCCCUGUCUGGAUCUUCUCUCACAACUACGCGCUUAUUUUAUUAAAGAGCCUCUACAGCAGAUAUCCCGUAAUCCCGAAGAUGGUGUCUCGAUCAUCACGAUCACGAAUGUUCUCCCAUUCCCCGCUAGCUUCCCGAUAGUGCUCUUUGUAGCAGAUGGCUUUGGAGACGCAAUUGGCGAGGUUACUCGCUCACCUCUUUUGUCGAGAUACCUGACCGAAGCAUGGAAAUCGGACCCCGCAGCAAAGGUCAUAUGUAGCGAUCUCAAAUCUCUCUUCGUGUUCAAACAGGACCUCAAGUCGGGCCCCCGCACGGUCAUCUUCGAACGCUUAUCCGUCGACCCGGACCUUGUCGUCAUUCAAGUGGUUAUCACUGCAUACAUAAGUGCAGCUCUCACAGCAGGAACCUAUUACGACUCAUAUUUUGCACACCCUUGGUCUACAAAGAUCUUCGAUCCGCCUGAGGUCCUAGGCUGCUUGCCAGAUCCAAGCAAACCAUUGCUGACGGACACUGCGGUUUUCGCGACGCAUGAUCGCCAGUCGGACUUUGAUCUGUAUACGCUGAAGAGUUCUCCCCCUCGGGCUCUCCAGUUCUUACGCUGGAAAACUUACAUCACGGACAAUAUCGACAAGAUAAAUAUACUGCGACCUGGGGAUAGCGUAACCGCUUCAACCGGAGGGUUCUCCCGAUACAACGCCACUCUUCGCCCUUACUGGCCUGUUGACCUAGAAUCCAUUCCUACCUCUACCAUGGAGCACCUGCGAGUUAUCGGGCGCCCUCCGCCUCUCGACGAAGAUACACAGUCUCGUCUUUCGGAAUCUACCCAAUUUCGCAUCACCCUCCUCGAGCGGCUCGGCGGGGAACGUAAUCCCGUAUACCGAUGCGAGAUCACAGCCGUUGAUGACCAACCCGUUCCCCCCAACAUACCUCCCCUCUGCCUCAAGCUCUUCGAUGACCGUCUAUUGCCAACACAUGCCCCCGACGAUCCCGACGAGCACGAUGUUGGACCUGAUCAGACAACGUGGAUCUCCUGGCGCACGAGUGAAGACCUGGUCCGCCACGAACACGCGAUAUACCAACAGCUUGCUUUCGCCCAGGGUGCAACCGUUCCAUGGUAUUACGGAGCACACAGAUUCGUGCUGCCCGAUGGACACUGGGUAUACGGCGUUCUAUUAGAAUAUAUCCCGGGAGUCACUGUCUCAAAGGCCAUCCCUACGAUGAAGGAUACUGAUAGGUGUGCACUGGUUCAGGCAGCUCGGCAUUCCUUGCGGGUCCUGCAGUAUGCCGAUGUAUCUCAACAUGAUUGGCACGACGGCCAGGUUCUGGCGCUCUCCUCGCCAACUCCGCAUACCGUACUGCUUGACUUUGCGAGGGCGAGCGUCAGCACGGAGCCGGAGAAUCAUGAGAGCAACGACUACAACGGGCUGCUGACGGUCUUGAAGAAGCCUCUGAGGAGCGCUGGAAUGACUGCUGCGUCUAUCUUGGAGCAUUAUGGGGAACCAGAGGUAUGGGACCGGGCUGCUUGCACAUGGCGGGAUGACGAUGGCAAAUCGCAACUUCUACAGUCUGAGGACCCUUAUGAUUGGAUUUAUCGGCGUAUAGAGUCCUAGUGUAUACUUAGCACUCCGAACUGGC